AUGGCAGAAAAAGAGGCCACUGUCUACAUUGUGGAUGUGGGAAGGUCCAUGGGGGAGCGUCGGCACGGUCGUCCCAACACGGACCUGGAGUGGGCUAUGGAGUAUGUCUGGGACAGGAUCACGACCACGGUUGCAACUGGCCGCAAAACUGCUACGGUCGGUGUAGUCGCAUUACGGUCAGAUGAGACCUCCAAUGACCUCCAAGAGGACCCCAGCUUCUCAAAAAUAUCCGUUCUCUCGGAUCUUGGGCAAGUACUUAUGCCUGACAUUCGGCGAUUGCGAGCCGCAAUCAAACCAAGCCACACUAACAAGGGCGAUGCAAUCUCCUCCAUUGUCAUUGCCAUUCAAAUGAUUAAUAGCUUCACCAAGAAGCUCAAAUACAAGCGGAAAAUUGUACUGGUCACUAAUGGCACUGGAAUGAUGAGCAAUGAUGGGCUCGAGGAGAUCCAAAAGAAGAUCCAAGAAGACGGCAUCGAGCUAGCGAUCAUGCAAGUCUUUUCAAGAGCAUUUGUCCCGUUCAAUCUCGCUAACCCGGCUAAGAACGAGGCCCUACUUCGCGACUUUGCCGAAAGCUGCGACGGUAUCUAUGGCACGCUCGAGCAAGCUGUCUCAGAGUUGGAAAUUCCUCGCAUUAAGGUCACCAAGAGCAUGCCUUCUUUCAAGGGGUUCCUCUCUCUCGGUGAUGCAUCUAAGUAUGAAACUGCACUACGAAUCCCCGUCGAACGAUACUUCCGAACCUAUGUCGCCAAACCCCCGUCGGCGAGCUCCUUUGUCCUGCGUUCCGGAACUGGAACCGAGCAGGAAGAAGCUGGAGCUGGUGCAGGUCAGCCAUCAAGUGACGGUGAAGCUCUGACCACCGUUCGGAUGUCACGAACAUAUCAAAUCGACGAUGAAUCUGCGCCCGGGGGCAAAGUCGACGUUGAGCGCGAUGAUCUUGCGAAGGGAUAUGAGUAUGGACGUACGGCCGUUCACAUCAGCCAGACUGAUGAGAACAUAACGACGCUGGAAACCUUUGCGGGCCUAGAAAUUCUUGGGUUUAUUCAUAUGGACAAGUAUGACCGAUACCUACACAUGUCCAAUACCAACGUUAUCAUCCCACAGCGAGCAAAUGACAAAGCAUCGCUUGCAUUGUCAUCAUUCAUCCAUGCUAUCUACGAGCAAGACUCCUACGCUGUUGCCCGGCUGGUGACCAAAGAAGCCAAGCCUCCAUUGAUUGUAUUGCUUGCACCAUCUAUCGAAAAAGACUACGAGUGUCUCAUCGAGGUCGCCCUUCCCUUUGCCGAAGACGUGCGAUCAUACCAGUUUCCUCCUCUAGACAAGGUCGUCACUGUCUCGGGAAAGAUUGUCACUGAGCAUCGCAAUCUACCAAAUAAUGAAUUACACCAGGCAAUGAACGAUUACGUUGACAGCAUGGAACUGGACGAAGAAGAAUUACCCAUCGACGACUCUUACUCUCCGCUUCUGCACCGGAUUGAGUCCGCAGUGCGGUACCGCGCUGUGCAUCCCAACGAUCCUAUUCUUGAACCAUCGGAGCAACUGACCAAGUUUGCUCAUCCGGAUAAGGAAUUGGUCAGGAGAUCGCACGGUUCCCUGGAGAAAUUGGUCUCUGCAGCAAACGUCAAGAAAGUCCCACCCAAAACCAAAGGCCGCAAACGCCAACGCGAAACUGAAAAACCCCUCUCCGGUCUGGACGUCGACGCCCUCCUCAAGCAAGAACCCAAACGCACGAAGAUCUCCCCCGAGAACGCUAUCCCAGAAUUCAAGCAGAUGCUCUCGCGCGCUGAUAGUCUCGACACCAUUCAUGAUGCUGUGAAACAGCUGGCCAGCAUUAUCGAGACACAGAUCAAGCACAGCCUCGGUGAUGCCAACUACGAGCGUGUUGUCGAAGGGCUGGGGACUAUGCGCGAAGAGCUGGUGGACUAUGAAGAGCCUGCGCUUUACAAUGACACCUUGCGCGCGUUGAAGGGAAAGAUACUGGGGGAGGAGCUAGGUGGCGAUCGGAAGGAGCUGUGGUGGCUGAUUAGGAAGAGUAAGCUGGGGCUCAUUGACCGGGCUGCGUCGGAAAUGUCGAAUGUCUCUGAGGAGGAAGCGAAAGAGUUCUUCUCUGCAAAUUAA